UCUACUGAGCAUAACUGUGAAGUGCGAAUUCAGUUUAUAUACAGGCUUCUGUAUUGGUGAUCUGUAUUGUAGUUAUCACUAAGGUUGGGAAGGAUACACGUAAAGUUAUAAUGAAUCGGUGGAAAUUACUGCGAUUCUGUUUCUUACUACUCUUCGUCAUCCCAACUGAAAGCAGUUUCGGUCCGAAGGCUGAUAUUGCCUUUAUUGUCGACGCCUCUGGUAGCGUGGGGGCUGACAACUGGAAAAAACAACUGAGCUUCGUCAAAAACAUUGUUCAACGUUUCGACAUUGGUCCAAACGCCACUCAUUUUGGAGCGUUAUCAUUUUCCACGGGUUACAGAUAUGGAUUUCAUCUGCAAGAACACGAAGAUAAACCUUCAGUCUUAGCAGCCAUCGAUAAAAUGAACUAUCAAGGAGGCUCUACCGCAACCCACAGGGCACUCCAUAUAUUAAGGAUGGGGAUGUUCAACCCAAGAAACCGAAGAGGACCACGUGCUGGAGUACCGCGUGUAGGGAUUCUCAUUACAGACGGACUGCCGGACGACAUAGCAGCCACAAUACAAGAAGCAGCAUUUGUCAAACGAUCAGGCAUAACAUUGUUCGCGGUAGGUAUAGGUGACCAGGUGAAUGAGACCCUCCUGUCCACUCUGGCGUCCAUUCCGUCGGACAGACACCUCUUGACCGCGGCGGACUUUGACGGCUUGUUCCACUUGGCUGACUCUCUCGCAAAUCGCAUCAACGCAGAUUUUUCUGGUCAUUGCCCGGCAUCCUGGAUAGAAAUACGAGGGCGUUGUCUGCUACCCUCUGAGAACGAAGUCAGUUACGAAAAGGCACGAACCGAGUGCGCGUCACGCCAUGAGCGGGGAUCUUUAGCUACAGCAAGCAACAAAAUACUUUAUAAGGACUUGACGAAGCGACUUGUCUAUCCGCUUACAGGAUACGAGUUCUCUUAUUACAUUGGAUUGGAUGACAAAGCUGAAAAGGGCGUGUACGUCUUCAGUGACGGCAUUACGAUUGAUGGAAAUUAUUCAGAGUGGAUUCCAUACAUCAAGCCGUAUAAUAAAGAAGGUCCCGGAUGUGUUUGCCUUGACAACAACGAGGCGUUUAUGUGGAGAGUGACAGAUUGUAUGGAGAGAAAGCGAUAUAUAUGUGAAAUUAUAACUGGGAUGUUAAUAUUGUAACACAACAUUAUUUUUAACGAGAUAUAUUUAAGUCAUGUAAUUGAUUAAUCGCACAACUUGCUUUAUUCGGGCACUGAUAAUUUCCCAGAAUUCUUCGGACUCUGAUGAUUUCCCAGGAUACUUCGGGCACUGAUAAUUUCCCAGGAUUCUCAUAAAACUCAUUGCAUAUUUUUAUUUCCUUUUAUCGAGAUUACUGAAACAGAAAACAACCCUCAUUUUUUUCUUCAUAAAGUAGCAUAAUUCUUUAUUUCGUAAUAAAAGUAUUUAGGUAGCCAAAUGUUCAAAAGCACAACGAGGAUACUCUUGAGUAAAUUGGAGGAAAGCCUGGAAAGGUCUGGGCCUGGUUUCACAAAAAAAUUUAGUCAGGUUCCCUGUCCAAGAACUUAUUUACCAAGGUUACAUGGUCACGUGGGCAUAUCUUACCCUAUCAGGAGCAAAGUAACAGCACUUCUCUGGAAAUCCUAUUCGACUAAGCCAAGGAACUGACUAAAGGGUAUUGUUACCCUUUUUUAUCAUCCAGAUUCCGAAAAUGAGGUUCUUCUACAUUUAAUUAUUAAAUAAGGCAUCUUUCUUUGUUCUGGGAUAAAACAAAAAAAAAACAUCGAAAAAUAUAAAAUAUAAGCGUUUAUAUUUCUCGUUGGAAUGUAUAAGCAUAGACAAAUCAAAGCUUUAAUCGUCAAUUUAACACCUUUCUGUUGUGAGAUAAAAGCAAUCGGUAAGGGGCGUAGCUUCAUCCCUGAACUAGAUUUUAUCACAAAAAUUGGCAUAGUGUACCCUGAGUGUAUGGGCUACAAUCCAAUGCUGUCAGUUUGGUUAAAUGUUUUUGUUAUAUAUAUAGUUAUGGGAAACUGAUUACAGAUUUUAAUUAAGCAAAGGCAUUAUUUUGCUUUAUCAACGAUAAAAUCUGAAGACUUUUAAGAAAAAUUGCUAUCAGGGUUUUGUAGUAUUAAAUGGUGUCAUCAAAUCGGCGUUAAAAGGGUGCUCGUGUGUACUCAGGUGAAAGAGAAAUCUGAUAAACCGAUUUUUUUCAGUUUUUAUCCCAAAAUCGCAAUUAUGACGUCACACGUAAGGUGACAUAAUGAUAUUUAUAAAUGUUAAAUGAUUUAGUCACUGAACACUGGAGAUUUAUCUAUUAUCGAAAAGAAUGUAUGUAAGGCAGUUAUUGUAGACGACGUUAAGCAUAAAAUGUCUGAAUCCUUUAUUAUUUAUACAGACAGCACAAUUUGUAACAAUUCCGUUAGCACAAUAGAAACCGUGACACGUUUGUUCUUUGUGUACUUUGGACUUUUUGUGCAAAUCUAAAAAAAAUGAAAAAAUUACGUAAGUAUGCGAUAAAUAAUAAACUCAAAGAAACUAAUAGAAACAAACUACAAUAUAUGCGUUAAACUAAAAAAUACAUUUUACAAUUACUCACAUUAUAUGCUAUCUACGGUUCCAAACACAGGUGACCGACCGGUAUGCUUGCUACUUGUCUACUAAAUUCUCUCGAGAUUUCUAUACCAUCCACACCCAAAACCACGUGACUGAUUACUGUUCAGCUAACUAAGAGUGACCACAGGGUCAUGUGACUUGGCGCACUAACAGCAGUAAAUAAGGAGUUUUGGGCGAAGGGUGACGAUAUCCUUAUUUAUUUAUUUAUUUAUUUUUUGUGAAACU